CCGGCGCAUGUGGCCGCAGCGCGCACGUCAGCAGAGGGAGAUCAGCACCCUGGACAGCGGCGCCUGGUCAAUAAUAAAGCAGCCAGAGCUCCUUCCCUGCCCAGCCGCUGGGAGCACGGGGAGAGGCGUUUCAACCAUCGGGAAACGGACGGAUGGCUGGAGGAAAAGCAGCGACGUGUUUACGGGAUGACAGUCUUUUAUUUUUUUCCGCCUUUCUCCCUGUUCCGGAAGUAGCUGCUGCGUUGGUUCAAUCUCCAAGCCGACCAUUUCGAGGAGGAAAAUCAGCGCCAGCAGUAUCAUCACCACCAUCUAUCUGAUCCAAUAAUCAAUGCCAUUACUGCCGUGUAAUUGCUGUCGGAAACGAAGACAUCUUCACGCGUCUUCCCCGUCUCUCUCUAAUUAGAAAAAUCGCAGGGUGCCUUUAUUAUUCUGCCUCUCUCUGGCAUUUCAGCGUUGCCUCCCGUGUUCUGGGCUUGCAAUGAAAUGCUGAUGGACAUCGAGCGAAGAUGGGAAGCACGGGGCUUUCGGGUGUUUUUGUGCUGCCGUGUUUCCAGCUAGGCUGCUGAGAGAGAGAGGGGAAAGAGAGACGGAAAGAAGAAAUGCAAAUGCACAGGAUUGUGUUUUUGAUGUCGACGUGGAUUGUCGGGGUGAAUGGCACGGAUUCUUCGUGGAUCAAGCCGGGGUUUUACAAAAAGGAGAUGAAAUAGAGAGAAAAGGGAGAAAAAAGGGGGGACCAUGAUCUGACGCUUGGGAUGCUACAGUGAGAGGGACAAAAAAAGACAUUAUAAUCACAUCCAGAUCAAACUUCCAUUUCAUCUUCCGCACCCUAAUUUUUCUUCUUUUCUAUUUUUAUUGGAUUAUGAUUCUUGACAAGAGUCUCAGAUGUGGCUGUGUGGAUGGCAUGUCGUUGUAUUUUACAUCCCAUCGUCUAUUUCCUGACUCUGUGUUGCUCUCUCCUCCACUCGUCCACUCUCUCGCGGUCUUCUGCUUCGGGUAGCAAAAAACAUGUAGGCUGUUUUUUUCUUUCUUUCUUUCUUUCGUUCUUUCUUUCUUUGCCGCGAGCCUCGGUGCGUGUGGAAAACAAAACCAAACAAAGCGAAACAACAACAACAAUAACAAAAGGUGUAUUUGAGAGCGCAGGAAAAUGGACCGUGGAAAUCAAAAACCGUGCAAGUUGUAAUGUUUUCUGGGGUGCGGUGGAAGACGCAGAUAGACGGCGUUUGCUGAGUUGUUUGAGUAAUGAAUAUUGAAAGAGUGUGUCGGCCAGCUGAAAGGGAAAAUCUUUCAUCCGCAUUGGCUUAGACACACAUGCCAUCAGUGGGGCGAGAGCCUUUAUCUCCUCUCUGGAUUUUCCAAUUAGCAGUUGUGGCAUCGUAGAACAUACUACAGUAACCAUGAACAUAUCGGAUGUAUGAAUAAUAAUAAUAGUAAUAAUAAUAACAAUAAGAGAGGGAGGGGAGGGGAGACAAAAACACUUAAUUUAUUUAUUUCGGAUUCUUUAUGUGGCCAAACAUGUUUAAGUAUCGAAUCCGCAUGUUUUUUAAUGAACUGAAAGUCCUGGUGUUUAUGCGAUCCGAUUCAAGACAGUCCAGCUCAGACACAGAUAGACGGUCCAACACCAACACCAACACCACUAUGCGAGGUCUGGGGAUGGGCGGCUGCGGCUGGCCGCCGUUCGUCGACUGCCAUUCCCGGGACGACGAGGAGGAGUACUACGGCAGCGACCCGCGGCCCCGGAGCCUGGCGUUUGAGGAGAAGGAGCCCAAGCUGCAAGUGGGCCUGGACGCCGUGUCCCUGGCCAGCACCGCCAGCAGCCUGCGGACCCCCCAGUGCCGGAUCUGCUUCCAAGGCCCAGAGCAGGGCGAGCUGUUGAGCCCCUGCCGAUGUGACGGCUCUGUGCGCUGCACCCAUCAGCCCUGCCUCAUCCGCUGGAUCAGCGAGAGAGGCUCCUGGAGCUGCGAGCUCUGCUACUUCAAGUACCAGGUCCUAGCCAUCAGCACCAAGAACCCACUGCAGUGGCAGGCCAUCUCUCUGACCGUCAUUGAGAAGGUGCAGAUAGCAGCCAUUAUUCUGGGUUCCCUGUUCCUCAUCGCCAGUAUUUCCUGGCUCAUCUGGUCCUCCCUCAGCCCCUCAGCCAAGUGGCAACGUCAGGACCUACUCUUCCAAAUCUGCUACGGCAUGUACGGCUUCAUGGAUAUCGUCUGCAUAGGCCUAAUCAUCCACGAGGGAUCGUCGGUGUAUCGAAUCUUCAAGCGAUGGCAGGCUGUCAAUCAGCAGUGGAAAGUACUGAACUAUGAGAAAUCGAAGGACUUGGGCGACCCGGUGAGUUCGAGCAGUAAG